GGGUCUGCCGCGGCGUCACCGCUGACGUCGCUGUCGGACCCGGGCCGCCGCCGCCGCCGCCGCCGCCGAGGUACCGGGGGACCUGGAGGGGAAGCGCCGGAGAUGAGCGCUAAAAUGGCUGCUCCGGCUCGGGCUGUUUUCAGAUGCUUCAAGUGUGAACAGAGACUUUCUUGGAUUAUGUGUUUCUCAGCCAGACUAAGUACAUGCUAACGAUGGAUAAGUGCAAACACAUCGGGCGGUUGCAGCUUGCUCACGACCAUUCCAUCCUCAACCCUCAGAAAUGGCACUGUGUGGACUGUAACACAACAGAGUCCAUCUGGGCGUGCCUUAGCUGUCCCCAUGUUGCCUGUGGAAGAUACAUUGAAGAACACGCACUCAAGCACUUUCAAGAAAGCAGUCAUCCUGUUGCCCUGGAGGUGAAUGAGAUGUAUGUUUUUUGCUACUUUUGUGAUGAUUAUGUUCUUAAUGAUAAUGCAACUGGAGACCUGAAGUUACUGCGAAGUACGUUAAGUGCAAUCAAAAGUCAGAGUUAUCACUGUACUACUCGAAGUGGAAGGGUUUUGCGGUCUGUGGGUACAAGUGAUGAUUCGGAUUUCUUACACGAUGGUGCCCAAUCUCUGCUUCAAAAUGAAGAUCAAAUGUAUACUGCUCUUUGGCACAGGAGGAGGAUACUAAUGGGUAAAAUCUUUCGAACUUGGUUUGAACAGUCACCCAUUGGAAGAAAAAGGCAAGAAGAUCAAUUUCAGGAAAAAAUAGCAAAAAGAGAAGUGAAGAAAAGACGGCAAGAACUGGAGUAUCAAGUUGAAGCAGAACUGGAAAGUAUGCCUCCAAGAAAGAGUUUACGUUUGCAAGGUCUAGCUCAGUCCACCACAGUCGAAAUAGUUCCUGUUCAAGUACCACUACAAACCUCAGCAUCCCCAGUGAAAGUCGUAUCUACCUCAGAAGAUGUAAGAUUAAAAAAAGCCAGUGACUUCUCCGUUAAACGAAGGCCCAUCGUAACUCCUGGUGUAACAGGAUUAAGAAAUUUGGGAAAUACUUGCUAUAUGAAUUCUGUCCUUCAAGUGUUAAGUCAUUUACUUAUUUUUCGACAGUGUUUUUUAAAACUUGAUUUGAACCGAUGGCUCUCUGUGACAGCUAAUGAUAAAACAAGAUCAUCUUAUAAGCAUCUUCCAGUCACAGAUACAGUAUAUCAAAUGAAUGACUGCCAAGAAAAAGAAACGGGCUCUCUUCACUCCAGAUAUCCAAGUUUAUCCUUAGGACUAAGUGGUGGAGCAUCAAAGAGUAGAAAGAUGGAGCUUAUUCAACCAAGGGAGCCUAGUUCACAAUACAUUUCUCUCUGUCAUGAACUGCAUACUUUGUUCCAAGUCAUGUGGUCUGGAAAGUGGGCCUUGGUCUCACCAUUUGCUAUGCUACACUCAGUAUGGAGACUGAUUCCUGCUUUUCGUGGUUAUGCUCAACAAGAUGCUCAGGAAUUUCUUUGUGAGCUUUUGGAUAAAAUACAGCAUGAACUGGAGACAACUGGUACCAGGUUACCAGCGCUUAUUCCCACUUCUCAAAGGAAACUUAUUAAACAGGUUCUGAAUGUUGUGAAUAACAUUUUUCAUGGACAGCUUCUUAGUCAGGUUACAUGUCUUGCAUGUGACAACAAAUCAAAUACCAUAGAACCUUUCUGGGACUUGUCACUGGAAUUUCCAGAAAGAUACCAGUGCAGUGGAAAAGAUAUUGCCUCCCAGCCAUGUCUGGUUACUGAAAUGUUGGCCAAAUUCACAGAAACUGAAGCUUUAGAAGGAAAAAUCUACGUAUGUGACCAAUGUAAUUCAAAGCGUAGAAGGUUUUCCUCAAAACCAGUUGUACUCACAGAAGCUCAGAAACAGCUUAUGAUUUGCCACCUACCUCAGGUUCUCAGACUACAUCUUAAACGUUUCAGGUGGUCAGGACAUAAUAACCGAGAGAAGAUUGGUGUUCAUGUUGGCUUUGAAGAAAUCUUAAACAUGGAGCCCUAUUGCUGCAGGGAAUCCCUGAAAUCCCUCAGACCAGAAUGUUUUAUCUAUGACUUAGCUGCUGUAGUAAUGCACCAUGGGAAAGGAUUUGGCUCAGGACACUACACUGCCUACUGUUAUAAUUCUGAAGGAGGGUUCUGGGUACACUGCAAUGAUUCCAAGCUAAGCAUGUGCACUAUGGAUGAAGUAUGCAAGGCCCAAGCUUAUAUCUUGUUUUAUACCCAGCGAGUUGCUGAGAACGGACAUUCUAAACUCUUGCCUCCAGAACUCUUGUCUGGAAGCCAACAUCCCAGUGAAGAAGCUGAUACCUCUUCUAAUGAAAUCCUUAGCUGAUCCAAAGAUAACUUGGGGCUUUCUUCUUGUGAUUUGUAUAUAUACUUUUUAAAUGGGCUGACUUAAUAAUUUUGAGCUUCAUUGUUUUUUUUACUAAUCAGAGCACACUAUGUUUACACAUUUUGUAUCUAACUACAACAGAUCUCUUUUUUAGAGACAAAGUUAGGGUAUCAGUGAUAGCAGGUAACUGAACUUUUCAAGUACUUGGGUAUUUUAAACUUGGAGUGUUUUACCUAAGUCUGAUGUUACCUUUUUUAUAUUUUGAUGUCUUAAUUUGACGCAAUGAUGAAUUUGUGCAAUCUUCUACUGAUGUUUAGGUGGCAUCAUUUUAUAUAUUUCCUAUUUAUCUUUUGUAGCUAUUUUCCUUAAUUCUUUGAUUAGAAUAUUAGAUUUCUUCACUAACAGUUUUACCAGCAAAAAAGGGGGGGGGCAUUUCUUUCAGAUUUGUAUAUUAAAGUCACUUUUGCCCAUUGAAGGGAGUUAGGCUACUACAAAAUGAAAUAUCAAGUUAUCACCUAAAUUCUCAUCAAUCAUAUUCAUUAAUAUUCCUGAAGCUUUGUGUGUUAAAGGGCUUAGAAUAGUCAUUACUUUGGUUAAUGCAACUUCCUUUUCUCAAAAAUUUGUUUUAAUAAUUGUUCUUUAUUUGGCAUAAUCAAACUGUAUACAGAUGAAAAUGACAGCUUUAUAAAUAGCAUAUUUAAAUGACUUUACUAUGGACAUGAAAACAAUCAUGACUGAGAAUUAUAAUGAUCUUGUCUGGCAGCAAAUAGGUUUGUCCAGGUUGUAAUAAAGCAGUCAUAAAAAAAAUUUGAAUUUAGCAAACAGUACAUUAUGAGGUAAUACAAGUGCAGUUCAACUUGGAUAUAAGUUCAUUUUAUACAUAACAUUAGACCUCUUAAAAGCUUUGUACCAUAUUGUUAUCUUGAGAUUUUUAAAGGGCUAAGUCUUGAAGAGAAAAAUUACAUAGGACAGCAAAGAUAACUGUUCAAAAUUGGCACCUGGACAAAAUAUUUAGCAUCUUAUUUUUCUAAAUAACUAAAGCCUGGAUUAAGUUAUAUUUACUAGGAUUAUGUGAAUACUAAGAGCCUCUUAGAUACUCAAAUACUGGGCCCUGACUUUUUAAAAUUAAAACUUAAACUUACGUUUUAUUAAACUACAUAGAAUGAAAUACUCUUUGUUGUUCCCUAGUAACCUUAACAGAUCUCUUUCAAGUCCUACUGCUGCUAACUUUUAUUCAGAAAGAAAGAAUCCCGUAACCUCAGUGGACAAGCUGUGUAAGAUCUAAGCUCAGUGUUAACCACUCACUGGAAGAUCAUUUAUCUUUUCUCAAAUGGACCUGCUGCAGGUUGAAAUCUUAAUGAAAGCCCAUGUCCUGUGAAUGCUGUCCUCUGCUAGUCAUCAUCUAAAAGGUUGAAAAAGGUCUCUAAUAGGAAAUUGCCCUUAAAUUUUAGAGAAGUCAUCUGGAGCAGCUGAUCAUGAAGUACAAUGAGAAUUUUAUCACUGAACAGACAAAUCAUUCGUGCCAGAACUACAGCUUGAGUGUUAAAUGGCUAAGGUUUAAAACCAUUAAAUACCUAUGCAAGUUGUUACCUCAGCUGUUAACAUAAUCGUACCUCAUUAAAGUUGUAUGUGUCAAGAUACUGGAGUCUAGCCUUUUUUAAUUUCGAGGAUUGCUUUUUUAACUGCUAUACCUUUUAAUACCUAAUUUGGGGAUAUUUUAACAUCAUCUGGAAGCUCUGAUGUUUGUGUCUGUAAUGGUAUGUUGCUUGUUUAACUACUUACUUCAAUGUAAAUACACAUGAGAAAGAAAUGUGACUUAGCCCUUUACUUUUGUAAACCCUUAACACAAAUACUUAUGGGGGAAGUUGUCUGUGAAGUCAAAGGGGAAUAUUCAGAACCUUGUACUUUAUGCUCGGUUUUGCUGUGAACCUAAAACCAAUCUAAAAAAACCUGUCCAUUAAAAUAACAAAAUUAAAACCUAGUUAAUGAACAGAAACUUAGAUUUUUAACAGUACCUUUCAGUGUGGACUUCUAUAUGGUUAGAAGUUAUGAUCUAACAAAAAACAACAUGUUUUGGUUGUAAAAUAAUUUACUAAAGGCACUAUUGUUAAACAUCAAACUAGUAAUUUGUUACCAAUAAGGUACAUCAUUUGUAAACAUGACAUAAUGAUUUCAAAAGAUAACAUGGCUAGUAGGUAAACAAUACAAUUUUUUUAAGUAACAGCUCUCCUAUUUACAAGAUCAUAUCCCUUCCAGCCACUCCAGGGACAUGCAGUGAUGCCACUGCUCCCAACAGUUACUUGGGAAAGGAGCUUGGAGCUAUAUGAUUGGUUUGCGAUCACUACUGCUAAAGACGACUUAACAAAGCUCCAAAAUUCUUGACUCAGAGUCAAUUCUAAAAUUCUUGGGUUUAGAAACCAAGAUCCUUUACACCUCCCACCAAAGCACAUCAAAAAAGUAUGGCCUCAAAACCCCAAAAGAGCUAGCUGGAGAACCAAGCCCUGUAACAUGUCCAGGCAUGAACUUGUGAGCUCUGCCACGUGCACAUCAUCACAGGAAAUGGAGAAAUUAUUCAAAGGUAGCCAUUGGACAUUAGCACCAUAAUAAACAUGGCUCAUAUAGCUAAAAACUAGAUUGUUUAUCCCACAAGUUAACAUUCAUUUAUAGCUCUAAUGUGAAAGAGCGGCUUUUCAAUGUAUAAUAAAUGAUUUAGUACAGAAGACAGUUUCCCCUCCUAUGAGAAAAGUGUUAAACAAAAUACAAACUAAACAGCAUCCCAGAGGCAACUGUAUUGUGCUAAAGCAUAUACAAAUUAAGGCUUUACCCUGGUACAUAACAAUUUCGAAAUUAAGUGGGAACAUUCCCAA